CGUUGUGCCCACACGACGCAGAGACCAGGGGACGGGUAGCCCAAGUGAAAGAGGACAGCUUUUAAAUUAAUUUGUGAAAACUGACAAUUUGGGAAGAUUUUCUGCAAACUAGUAGCUCCCAGUCAAGACCUAUACAAUGGCUACUCUGAAGGAAAAGAGAACCUGUGGCCAAAGGUGUGAGGACUUUGGCCAUUUUGUUUGGAAUUCCGAUGAAGGGAAAUUUAUGGGAAGAACACCAAUAAGAUGGCUGUACAUCAGCCUGUAUUAUGUAGCAUUCUACGUGGUGAUGACAGCCUUGUUUUCCCUGGCCAUCUACGUACUCAUGUACACACUGGACCCGUACAAACCAGAUUACCAGGAUCGAUUAAAAUCGCCAGGUGUAAUGGUUUGGCCGGACACGUAUAAUGAUGAAGAGCUAGAGAUCACCUACAACAUGUCUGAUAAGAAUAACUGGAUGACAAAGUCUAAAAUACUUCAGGACUUCCUCGAACCAUACAACGAUACGAUACAGGCACAGUGCAAUCAUUACAACUGUACUUCUGGAAAGUACUUCAUCCAACACGCGUUCGACGCUCCAAAACAUACAAAGUGGUCCUGUCCAUUCUACCAAAGCAUGCUGGGUAACUGUUCCGGCAUUGACGACCCCACAUUUGGUUACAACACAGCCCAGCCAUGUGUAAUCAUCAAGAUGAACAGGAUCAUCAAUUUCCUGCCGAACAAUGGAACAGGAAGCGCGCCAUAUGUGAACUGCACUGCGCUAGAAGGUCAAGAUAAUGUUCGUGGCUAUACGUACUACCCCACUAAUGGAACUCUCGACCUUUCGUACUUUCCAUACUAUGGCAAGCUGGCCCAGCCAACCUACAUGAAUCCGCUGGUGGCUGUGAAACUUGAUCUCGUUAACCAGAGGCAUGCUGUGAUCCAGUGCAGGGUAAUGGCCAACAACAUCGCUCAUCAGAACUACUACGAUCCCUACGAAGGAAAAGUGAUCUUUCAUUUAACCGCUUUGAGUUAGCCAUGUUCAUUCAAAGAUUGUGCCUUGUUUUUUCAAUUUUAUUUUCCAUGUCAUUCCAGUAUGAAUCAAUAACACAAAAAAACUUUGCUUUGCAAAUCAACCUUUGUAUUAGAGACAAUCUUAAAGAUUUUUUAAAAAAAAAAUCUAGUUGCAUUAACUUGUCCAAAAUGUAUUGUUUUUUUAAUUUAAAAAUGGUAUGUAGGUUAAUUAUCAACAUACAGUAAGUCUUAAAAUAAAGAUAUGAAUAAAAGAGUACAAAUACCGUGUAUGCUUUUGUUAGCCCUUCCUGAAAUAAGAAGUUUAGACACACAGAAGAACUGCAGAACAACCCCAUGUCCAUAUAAACCCA